AUGGCCGCAAUCCACCUGAAAGACCGCUUCGAGGUCACCACUCACCCGGCCGUCAUCACCCCCUUCGAAGACGUCGACGACCCACUCCUUGACGCCGACCUGCCCGUCCAGCCCGUCGAGCGCGACGACUACUACAUCUUCGGUCCUCCAUCGCAAUCCUCCGACGGCCGCUACACCAUCAAUUCGCAUAGCUCCGGCCGCGGCCGUCGCUUCUCCAACCGCACCCAGCUGACCGAGCCAAGCGGCCCACCAUGGCCAUGGCGAGCAGCCCCGCCAUCUCCCCCACCAAAACCUCCCACCGCGACAUCACCGCCUACCGCAGCAGCCUCCCCGACGCCGCCUCCUCCCCCGACGUCAAGCCCAAGCCGCUCCGCCACCACCGCAGCAGCCACCAACACCACCACCACCUCCUCAUCCCCCACGGCCGAAGAAGCAGAAGACGAAGAAGAAGACGAAGACGAAGAAGAAGAAGUCCUCUGCCCCGAAUGCCACGCCCACCUCCCCGCUGCCAGUACCGCCACCACCUCGACCAACUACUCCUCCUCCUCCACCCGCUGGACCAUCAAAACCUACGCCGCCAACGGCCUGCUCGCCUCCCCCGGCGCCUGGGCCGCCGCCUGGGCCGAGAUGGAGCGCGUCGACGUCGCCAUCACCCCGCACCUGACGGCCGCCCAGCACCGCGCGCUGCAGCGCGAGGCGAGGGCCGAGCGGGAGAGGGAGAGGGAGCAGCGCCAGCAAGCAGAGGCGGCCGCUAAAGAGGAGGAGCAGCGUGCGGCGGCGGAAGCGGCGGCGGCGGCGGAGGAGAAGGAGAAGGAAGAGAGGGAGAAGGAGAAAGAGGAGGAGCGUGUCCGCGCUGCUGCUGAUGCUGCCGCCGCCGCCGCUGCUGCCUCUGAGCUAGCGGCCGCAGAGGCGGCGGCAGCAGCAGCAGCAGAAGCAGCGCAACGAGAAGCCGAAGCCGCCGCCGAAGCCGCCGCCAAAGCCAAAGCCGAAGCCGAGGCCGAACGCGAACUCGCCGUCGCAGCAGCGCGUGCAGAGGAGCAGGCCGCGGCGGCGCAGCGCGCGGAAGCGGUGCAAGCGGAGGUCGAAGGGCGGGAGCAGGCGGCGGAGGCGCAGCGGCUGCGGCUGAUCGGCGACGCGGCGGUGGCGGCGGCGGCGGAGCGGAGGCUGGCCGAGGAGCGGGUGGGGAGGGAGGUGAAGGAGGCGGUGAGGCGGGAGAGGCGGCGGGUGAGGGAGGAGAGGGAGGCGAGGCUGGCGAGGGCGCGGGAGGCGGAGAGGCAGGUUUCGCUCGGUGCGUUGGUGGCGAGGGCGGCGUGGGUGGUGCUGGCGGAUUGGAGGAAUUGGGUGUUGGUCGUGGGGUUGGUGUGGGCGCUUUGUGUGGGAGGUGUGAGGGAGACGGCGGAUGUGAUGGAGGUGGGUAGCCGGCUGGGGUUCGACGGGGUGGAGCUGCUGCCGGGUGUUGGCUUCGACAAUGUGACGGUGGACCUGCAGCUGGAGAAGGAGGCGUUGGUCCUGCAUACGUCUACCGUCACCGCUACCGCUACCGCUACGCAGACGUCGACCGCGAUCGUCACGGCCUUUGUCCUCGAGACGUUGAGCCCUCAAGCCCCCGCUGUUGACGAAGAGCUACCGGAGGAGCCUGCCGCCGCCGACCACACUCUCGGUCGUAUGGCGGCUCAAGACGUCGAGGACUUCAAGGACACCGUCUUCGCGGCGACGACCGAGAUCCUCGCCACCGCUUUCGCGAAGAUGGAAGCCAUCAUCUCCGCCCUGCCUGUUGUCGACGAAGAGCCCCCCGCGGCCGAAGAAGCGUCGGAGCAGCCCGCCAGCGUCAGCCCGUCCGACCUACCCCCAUCUCCCACGCCCGUCGAUGAAACCGAAUCUAAGGAUGCCGUCUUCGCGGCGUCGACCGAGAUCCUCGCCACCGCCUUCGAGAAGAUGGAAGCCAUCAUCGCCGCCCUGACGGAGGCUUACGAGAGCGAGACGAAGGGUAUCCAGGACGAAGCGCUGCUUGCUGGGCAUGACGACGCUUCUUCUUCUUCUUCGUCGGUUUCCCCGGAAGCGCCGGUGGGUGACGACAACCACGAAUCCUUCACCCCGCCAACGGUACUGGACGUCAAGGCUGUGCCGUCGACGGACCUUGCGAGCGCCGCCGCCGCCGCCGUUGAGACUGAGAAGGUGCCUGAGGGGACGGAGGUGUGUAGCAAACGGUUCGAUCUUGCUGCCUAUCCAACGUGCGCGGCUCCCGGGACGUCGUUGAACAACCAGGGCGGAGUCGACUUGGCGUAUUUCGAUUUUGCGCCGGUUUGCUCGGCGUACUAG